AUGGCGAUACCCCUUUGCCUUUCGCGUUCCAUGCGUGGAAGCAGCGCGCCCUGCAGCAGCCCGGAUGGCCCCCAGAGGAAAAAACGGAAGUCUGAAGCUACAGGAGUGGACAAGCAGUUAGACAUCCUGGCUAUUGGCACAGCAGUUGGUAGCAUUUUGUUGUACAGCACAGUAAAAGGAGAAUUACAGAGCAAGCUAGAUGGUGGUCAUGACAAUAGAAUAAAUUGUGUGAGGUGGCAUCAGGACAACUGCUGCUUGUAUAGCUGUUCAGAAGACAAACACAUUGUGGAAUGGAACACACAGACCUGCAAAGUGAAGUGCAAGUGGAAAGGUGACAGUAGCAGUGUCAGCUCUUUGUGCAUCAGUCCAGAUGGAAAAAUGCUGCUGUCAGCCGGUAGAACUAUAAAACUGUGGGACCUGGAGACCAAAGAAGUCUACAGACAUUUCACAGGCCAUGCUACAUCAGUGUCAUCAUUAAUGUUUACCACAGUGAGACCUAUGAAUGAAAAUAAACCCUUUGAUGGAAUUACAGGACUUUAUUUCUUGUCUGGGGCUAUACAUGACCGGUUACUGAGUGUUUGGCAGAUCAGAUCAGAUAGGAAAGAAAAGAAUGCUGUGAUGUCUUUCACGGUAACAGAUGAACCAACGUUUAUUGACCUGACCGUGUCAGAGCUCAAAGAAGAGCCUGUGAAGUUGGCAGUUGUUUGCAGAGAUGGGCAGUUGCAUUUAUUUGAACACAUCUUAAAUGGCUACUGCAAAAAACCCUUAACAUCAAACUGUACUAUCCAGAUAGCAACGCCUGGAAAUGAUGGAGACUCCACGCCAAAACCAGUUCCUAUUCUAGCAGCUGCAUUUUGCACAGACAAACAGUCUCUGCUGCUUGUGUAUGGAAACACCCUACAGCCCAUCAUAGAGAAAGUGUCUUUGAACACCAACGAAUCCCACAUAUGUUUGAUAAGGGAUGUCCAGAAAGUGUUGGUGCUUAAAACAGAUGAUGCUGUAACAAAGAUAAAGACGCCAGUUGUGAACUCGGACACCAAAGUUCUAGUGCCUGGCAUUCCAGGACACAGUGCAACUGUUAAAACUCCGUCCUCAGGAAAGGAGAAAAAGAAAAGCAAAAGGAAACCAGGAGAGACAGAGGGUAGCAUUGAGGAACGCCUAGGGGCAUUGGAUAUUGAUGUGAGCAAAGUAAAAACUCCAGGUGGCCUUCCACAAACAGAUAGCUUUGCAGUGCUUUUGGUUCAGGGCUUGGAAAGCAAUGAUGAAGACAUCUUAAAUAAAGUGCUUUCCACAAGAAAGGAAACUUUAAUAAAGAACACAGUAGCCAGAAUGCCUAUACACGCUGUCAUUCCACUGCUGCAUGAGCUUACAAAGAGAUUGCAAGGCAACCCAUACAGUGCCUCACAAAUGGUUCGAUGGCUGAAGUUUGUUUUUACUCUACAUGCAUCCUACCUUUCCACAUUGCCAGACCUUAUUCCUCAGCUGGGAACGCUGUACCAGUUAAUGGAGAGCAGGGUAAAAACUCUGCAGAAGCUUUCCCGUCUACAUGGAAGGCUCUUCCUUCUUGUCACCCAGGUUGCAGCAUCGGAAACAGUUCAGGAUGUGAUGGAGGUUAAUCAGACUGCGAAGCUGGUAUAUGAGGAUGAAUCCUCAGAGGAGGAAGGUUCAGAUGAUGAGAUGAUUGCGGAUAAAGACUCAGAUGAAAACUGGGAUGAAGAUGAAGAGAAAGAGGAGCAAUCAGAUGAACAAGACAUGACUGUUGAAAAGGAAAUUAAUGGUGAUUCUGAUUUGGAACCAGAAAAUGAAAGUGAAGAAGAAUAAUGGCAUAAAAGAAUAAACAGUUUAAAGAAGUGGGCCACCAGAACUUUCUAAUUCUGGAUCAUCUUGCUGAAAGAUGCCAUAUUUGCAUAUAGGGAGUGCAGACUUAUGCGCAGCCUAUGUGUAGGGGCACGUGUGGGGCACUGUGCAUUUCUGAAUCCAGAAUGUUUAACCACGCCAGCCUUCUCUUGCCCUAUUUCCCUGCGCUUACUAUAGAAACAUUUCUUCCACCUCUCAUGGUCAGAUUAUGCCUGUCAUGUGGACAUGCAUUUGUAUCUCAAGUGAAAUAAAUCUGCCACCGCUGUUUGUGUGGUAAACUUGGUUCAGCUUUACACUGAAUUUGUUUCAAAUGUUCAAGGAUCAAAGACAGCUGAUCUAUACCUUCUUUCCAUGCUUCAGUUAGCAAUAGCAAGUGGGCAUCCUGCUGCUUUUUUUUUUUUGUUUCCAGGAAAAAAAAAAAAAGGAAAAAGUUAUUUUUGUAAUGUUUAAAUUCUCUAAUGGAUUUCCUUUCUUUCCUCCCAUCCUCCAUUGGUUCAGCCAUGCCUUGGCAAUGUCUAAAUGCCAAAGUGGCUUAAAAACAGCUUUUUUUUUUUUU